CAGAGAAGUUUCACUUCAAGUCUUGGAUGAUUCAGCAUCAAAAAAUGUACAGCGCGGAGGAAUACCAACAGAGGCUCCAGACAUUCGCCAGCAACUGGAGGAAGAUCAACGCCCACAACAAGAGGAACCACACAUUUAAAAUGGCGCUCAACCAGUUUUCAGACUUGAGUUUCGCUGAAAUCAAACACAAAUAUCUUUGGACGCUGCCCCAGAAUUGCUCAGCCACCAAAAGCAACUACCUUCGGGGAACUGGGCCUUACCCACCCUCUGUGGACUGGCGGAAGAAAGGGAAAUUUGUCUCCGCGGUGAAGAACCAGGGCGCGUGCGGCAGCUGCUGGACCUUCUCCACCACCGGCGCACUGGAGUCCGCCGUGGCCAUCGCCAGCGGCAAGAUGCUGUCUCUGGCUGAGCAGCAGCUGGUGGACUGCGCCCAGGACUUCAACAAUCAUGGCUGUCAAGGGGGGCUCCCCAGCCAGGCCUUCGAGUACAUCCUUUACAACAAGGGCAUCAUGGGAGAGGACACCUACCCCUACAAAGGCAAGAACAGCAACUGCAAGUUCCAGCCCCAGAAGGCCAUCGCGUUUGUCAAGGAUGUCGCCAACAUCACGCUGAACGAUGAGGCAGCCAUGGUGGAGGCCGUGGCUCUCUACAACCCUGUGAGCUUCGCCUUCGAGGUGACAGAAGACUUCAUGAUGUAUAAAAGUGGGGUUUACUCCAGUACUACCUGUCAUAAAACUCCAGAUAAAGUCAACCACGCAGUGCUGGCGGUCGGCUAUGGAGAAGAAAAUGGGGUCCCCUACUGGAUUGUGAAAAACUCCUGGGGUCCCUAUUGGGGGGACAAAGGGUACUUCCUCAUCGAGCGAGGGAAGAACAUGUGUGGCCUGGCGGCCUGCGCCUCCUACCCCAUCCCCCAGGUGUGAGCCAGGGCCGCAGAGGCGACCGACGGUCAGACAAGGAGAGGGACCGGUGGCCCGCGCUCUGUGGUGGAGGAAGUGGGGCGACCCCCCAGGCCCCUGUGCCUUUUACCCUCAAGCCCUUGCCCAGCUAGAAGCCCAAGGACAGAGGAAAAAAAGAGACCCAGCGGUGAGCCGCCCCAUCUUCAGCCCCAAGAGCCACAAGCCUUUAGUGCCUUCACCAUCCCGCCCAAAUGGAGCUGACUGGGAUCGCUGCUCUGUGGCUUUUGGUCAAUAAACGUUCAUGAGCCCUGCCGUG